UCUCACUUCGCUUCGCAUUCAUAACAAGGAAGUUUCUAAAAUACUGUUCACUCUAAUAAACCACCUAAUCACCCCAUACAGAAAAUUCCAAUUUUUCUCUCCUUAAUCAAAAAGAAACCAGCAAAAAUGGUCUGCGUGCCGUGUUUCAUCAUUCCGGUGCUGCUGUUCCUGUGGCAUCGGUUCGUCCAGCCGUACGUGCUCCGCUUCUGGAAUCCAUGGGCCAAGAAAGACAAGGACGGUAACGUGAUCAAGGACAGCGGCACGGAGUUUCCGUUCCAGUGCAAGGGAGGUGUUUGCCCCUUCCCGGUCAAGGACAAGAGCAAACAACAGGAAGUGACCGGCGGUGGCGAAUCGGAUAACGGAACGGCGACGACUGCGGCCACCACAACCGCUGGAGGCGAAGCGGAAACCAAAAAGAGUCAGUAAUUGGGAAUGGAGAGUAUUAUUUGGAAGAUCGACGAGGGGUAAAAGAUUAGGUGGUGUAUCUGUCGGUGAUUUUAUUUUAAUUGAAAGAAUGUUUCUGGAAGGGCAGGUAGGAAAUUUCCUAGUGAUUUGGAAUAAAAACGAAGAGGUAAUUUUAAGA